UAAAAAUAUCCAUACCUGCUCUAGUUUCAUCAUGAGGGGUGUGUCCUUCGUUUUGCCUGUCAUCUCAUACAGACUGUCCACCUGUCCGCUGGACAACCUUGUGGAAACAGCACAGGGACCAUUCACUGGUGUAGCCGCACCAGGGCCCUCUCCUCCCGGCACCAGUGAACAACGAUCCACAUUAACACAGCUGCUGUCUGCGGACGUAGGCAAAGGGGCGAAGUCGGAGGCGAAUGAGUCGUUUGGCUCAAGUGGCACGGAUCCCACAGAGAUGUGCUGCAGGGACCCGGACAAGUCCGGGCAAGGGUUCAGGAUCACCCCGGCUCUGGUGCUACUUGGCAUCCACCGGGCCAAGAAGUCGGUCUGCGAGAGCCGAUGCUCAGCUGGAGAUGACAUGAUGAUCGCGCUGUCAGUCCGGUACCGGAAGCGGCUGGGAUUGGACUAUCUGAAAAUACAGGACUUUACAUGCGGUGUUUGUAUGUUAAAAACUGGCGUCAAAGAUGGGCCAAAUAAAGGCAGGAGCUUCUACGUCUGCGUUGAUAAGCAAGGUUGUGAUUUCAACCAGAUGACCAGCAUCCCACCAUCCCACUGUCUGUGUCAUGAAGACUCUAUGGUGGAACUCCAAGCUCUCACCUACAGUCCAGAACAGCAGAGCCACAUGUUAUUCUACAGGUGUAUUCUAGGUAAAAAAGCUGGACGGAAAUGGUGUGGAAAUGUCCCAUGGACUGCACCAGAAAAAGAAAACCAUAACCCUAAAUAUCACAUCCAGGCAAAACCCUCAUGCCUGCCAUCUGUACGAAAUCCUUUUAAGGCCCCUGCCAAGACAGAUAAGGAGUCUGAUUGGAGAACGAUGCAGUGUGGUGGAGCUGAUGAUAAAGUGCAAGGAAAGAAAGACAGUGGUCACAAAGGUGGAGACAAAGAAAGUUAUCAGAAAGAAAAUGAUGAAAUGUUAGGUGCAGGACUAGAGAAAGAUAUGCUGAAUUCAUCUGAUACAUACAGAGGUAAACCACUUCCCUCAGGAAUGAAAGUAAAGAAGAGUGUCUCAAGUGAGGACGCAACUAUCCCCAAACCUAAGAGUGUGGAAAAUGUUGCAGAGAAGGUGCAAGAGAAGGCUAAAGAGAGCCACACUGAGCAUGAAGAAGUAGAUAAAAUCACAGCAAAACCGGUCGGAAGGGAGAGUGCCUAUAAAUUUGUACCCAGCAGCAGCACCCAGGCUUCCAGAGGCUCUGAUACCACAAAGCCCAAAUCUAACAAAGAUGAAUCCAAUGACACCAGAAACCUACAAGAUGAUGAUGAUGAUGUCAUUGUGGUGUCAGUAAAGAACGCUACACAGAAAACUCCCCCUCUUACUGCUGUUCAGAAAACACUGACCAAUUUCCCAGGAUUUCAGCCAGCUGCUAAGUUCAAAGUUCCGCAGCAAAAUCCCAAAGGGUUACACAGCCUGCUGACGUCACAGCUCCGACAGAAAAAGGCAACUUUGUCUUCAGUGAAUGUGGAAGCUCUGCCAGAUAAAGGAGAGAGACUGAGAACCCAGGUUAAGGAGCUGGAGGACGCACUGGAUUCUCUGAGCCUCAAUGCUGCUUCUCAGCUUGAGUCUGAGGGAGAAUGCAGCAGCAGCGACAUUGGUCCAUGUAGCAGCCAGGUCAACCCAUUCUGCCGACAGGGUGGCACUGUACUGCUCCCUGCUCCUCCAGCCCCAGGUUCCUCCCAGCACCAAGCCUCCAGGUCCCUGGGUAUACAGUUAAGCCAGGGUCACAACCAGAUGUAUGGAGCAAACCAGGCCUUUUAUGGUGGACGGAUGACUGAGGACCGUCUACUGGCAGUAAAAAACGCCACCUGCGAGGCCAUUGACCACUUACAUAAAUCCCUUGAGUCCUGUCCUGACCCUGAGACUGAAGCCCCAGACCCUAAGGGCAUCAAGGUGCAACUAUUGGCUCAUCAGAAAAGAGCUUUGGCCUGGCUGCUCUGGAGAGAAGCCCAGAAUCCCUGUGGAGGAAUUUUGGCGGACGACAUGGGCCUGGGAAAAACACUGACUAUCAUUUCUCUCAUACUGGCUAAGAAUUCCAAGGCAAAAGAGAAAGAUGAUAAAAAGGAAGAGAAGAAGCUGGAGAAAUGGCUCUCCAAAACCGACUCCAGCCUUGUGGUUUCUGGAGGAACACUGAUCAUCUGCCCUGCCUCCCUGAUCCACCACUGGAAGAAGGAGAUUGAGAAGCACGUGAAGGCAGGGAAGCUCACAGUGUACCUAUACCACGGGCCCAACCGAGAGAAAAGUGCCAAACUCUUGGCUGAGUAUGACGUGGUUGUGACGACAUACAGUUUAGUAUCUAAGGAGGUUCCUGUCCAGAAGGAGGAGGCUGAGAAGCCCGUGACAGAUGCUGACGAUGUGCCCUCAGGCUCCGCGCCUCUGCUGCGAGUGGCCUGGUCCCGUGUGGUUCUCGAUGAAGCCCACAACAUAAAAAACCCCAAAGUGCAGACUUCCAUGGCAGUGUGUAGGCUGAGGGCUCGUUCCCGCUGGGCGGUCACUGGUACACCCAUCCAGAACAACCUGCUGGACAUGUACUCACUGCUCAAGUUUCUGCAUUGUGCUCCGUUUGACGAGUACAAACUAUGGAAAGCUCAAGUAGACAACGGCUCUAAACGAGGCAGAGAGAGACUCAACAUCCUGACGAGGACUCUGCUGCUCCGGCGAACCAAAGACCAGCUGGACUCCACAGGGAAACCAUUGGUCUCUCUUCCUGAUCGGACCUGCGAGGUGCAUCGCAUCAAACUUUCAGAGGAUGAGAAGGCUGUGUAUGAUGUGGUCUUUGACCAGUCCAGAUCCACUCUGCAGAACUACCUGAAAAGACACGACGGAAAUGACCUGAACAAGGGGAAACCGUCUGGUUCCAACCCUUUUGACAAAGUGGCACAAGAGUUUGGUAUGUCCCAGGCCGACCCUGCUGUAUCGAAUUCCAAACCGGCCCAGCAGGUGUCCAGCACCGUCCACAUCCUCUCCCUGUUGCUGCGACUCAGACAGUGCUGCUGUCACCUGUCCCUCCUUAAAAAGACUCUGGACUCAUCAGAGCUGCAGGGCGAUGGGAUUGUCUUGUCUCUGGAGGAGCAGCUCAACGCUUUGUCACUCUCCUCCAGCCCUGCACCAUCAGGCCCUGACCCCAAAGACACUGUGGCCCUUAAUGGCACUCGCUUCCCCUCAAAGCUGUUUGAGGAUACCAGUGAGAGCACCAAGAUUUCUGCCAUUAUGACAGAGCUGAAGGCAAUCAAACACAAGGAUAGCGAUCAGAAAAGUGUGAUCGUGUCCCAGUGGACCAGCAUGCUGCACAUUGUUGCAGUUCAUCUGAAGAGAUUGGGCCUGAGAUACGGCGUUAUUGAUGGUACGGUCAACCCCAAACGUCGGAUGGACCUGGUGGAAGAAUUCAACACUAACCCUAAAGGACCACAGGUGAUGCUGGUUUCACUUUGUGCUGGAGGUGUUGGACUCAAUCUCAUUGGUGGAAAUCAUCUGUUUCUCAUUGACAUGCACUGGAACCCAGCUUUAGAGGAUCAGGCAUGUGACCGAAUCUACAGAGUUGGGCAGAGAAAGGAUGUCACCAUCCACAGGUUCAUGUGUGAUGACACAGUGGAGGAGAAGAUUUCCACAUUGCAGGCAAAGAAGAAGGAGCUGGCCCACAACGUGCUGUCAGGAACAGGAAGCACUUUGACCAAGCUUUCCCUGGCUGAUCUUAGGAUCAUUUUUGGUGUCUGAGAUGUUAAAAAAUGAGAAGAUGCUGUCAAAACCACUGAUAACAGUCUAGCUGAUCAACACAGUUUAAGGUUUGGGGUAAUUUAAAAAUGAUAAAUCCCCUUUAAUCUGAGCUAAUGAGAACCGUUUUUACCCCCUUAGAGUUUCUGUGUUGUGUGUCCUGCCUUACUUUGUCCAGUGGUUUCUUUUCUGCUUUAAAACACGGUAUUGGAAUAUUAUAUGUUCACUAAGAUAUGAGCUGCUACUAAGUGAUUUAAUCCACUUGAUAUUAGAAAGGUUUCAUUUGUUGCUCCAAAAUUGGUCAGAAAAGAGAAAAUCCUAAAUAUGUUUAUUCUUUGAAAUUAUAACACAACUUAUGUUUGCAAAAUACAUAUCUAUAUACUGCUUUACUUGUUUGUCUAUACUUAGGUUUUGCUUAUUGCGAUUCUGUUUAUGUGAGUGAUGAAUGAAUGAGAUGAGAUAUUUGUUUUCUUACCUCAGGUUAAAUUAGUUACUGUUACUGCAAUUUCAUGUAGCUUUAUUAGAGUGAAGCAUAUGUUUUCUCUUCUGUCAUCAUUGGAUAUUCAUGUAGCAUAUUGGUGUUAUGUGUUGAAGUUUGAAUAAAUACAGGUAAUGCAAGUUAUAGAAAAUAAAGUGAGUGCCUUGA